UGUGUGUGUGUGUGUGUGUGUGUGCGUGUGUGUGUGCGUGCGUAUAGUUUCAAGAGCACGAGAGAGGAGGCUUUCAGGACGCGAAAGGCUUGACGCAGAACGAACUUAUCGUCGAUCAUCUUGCGGCUGACGGGUGUCCACACUGCUCACCAUGGCCCACACUGAAGGGAAGUUUGACUUUGCCAUCGACCGAGGAGGAACCUUCACAGACGUGUUCGCUCGCCUACCAGAUGGCCGUGAGAGGGUCCUCAAACUGCUCUCCCGUGACCCUCAGAACUACGACGACGCCCCCACAGAGGGCAUCCGCAGAGUCCUGGAGGAGGAAACAGGACGCGCCUUUCCUCGUGACCAGCCCGUCGACACGUCUCGCAUCGGCUGGAUCCGAAUGGGCACAACGGUGGCCACCAACGCCCUACUCGAGAGGCAGGGGGAGAGGACGGCUCUCCUGGUCACCAAAGGCUUCAAAGACUUGCUGCACAUUGGAACGCAGGCCAGGCCUAAGCUGUUCGACUUGGAGGUGUCAGUGCCUGAAGUUUUGUAUGAGGAGGUUAUCGAGGUGGAUGAGCGUGUGGUCCUCAAGCAAGAUGGCUGCCUGCUACCCAGAAAGGAUCGCAAGCGCGUUGUGACAGGAAGCACCGGCGAUAGUCUGGAAGUAUGGCAGGAGGUUGAUCUGGAACGUGUGGAGAAGGACUUGAAAGGAGUUCUGUCCCGUGGAAUCACCAGUGUGGCUGUGCUUCUGCUUCAUUCCUACACGUGGUCCGACCACGAGAAAGCCGUGGGCGCCCUGGCUCGUCGGCUGGGUUUCACCCAGGUCUCUCUGUCCUCCGAGGUGAUGCCCAUGGUCAGGGCGGUCCCCCGAGGUUACACUGUCUGCGCCGAUGCCUACCUCACCCCCAAAAUCCGGGAGUAUCUUAAAGGCUUCACCUCGGGCUUUAAGGGGGCUCUGAAGGAUGUGGACGUCCUGUUCAUGCAGUCGGAUGGUGGUCUGACUCCUAUGCAGCAGUUCUGCGGUUCGCGCGCCGUCCUGUCCGGCCCAGCCGGUGGAGUCGUCGGUUACGCUGUCACUUCUUACAGCCAGAUGGAGAAGAGACCUGUGAUUGGCUUUGAUAUGGGUGGCACAUCUACCGAUGUGAGUCGUUACGCGGGCCAGUUUGAGCACGUUUUUGAGGCGACUACAGCUGGAGUCACCCUGCAAGCGCCUCAGCUCGACAUCAACACCGUUGCGGCGGGCGGAGGCUCGCGACUCUUCUUCAGGUCAGGGAUGUUUGUUGUUGGACCGGAGUCUGCCGGCGCACAUCCAGGACCGGCCUGCUAUCGGAAAGGUGGUCCUCUGACUGUGACGGAUGCUAACUUAGCUCUCGGCCGCCUCCUCCCUUCCUUCUUUCCCAAGAUCUUUGGGCCCGGCGAGAACGAACCUCUAUCCCUGGAAGAGACCAUGACGCAUUUCCGGUGUCUGACCAAAGAAAUCAACCACUUCCUGUCCUCUAACCAAUCACAAGCUAGUGCAAAUGGCACAAACCCCUCAAACAAUGGUACUUUGCCCAAAAGCCAGUCUGAAAUGACUUUGGAAGACGUGGCCAUGGGAUUCGUCCGCGUGGCAAAUGAGGCCAUGUGUCGGCCAAUAAGAGCCCUGACGCAGGCAAAGGGCCACGACACAUCACAGCACGUGUUGGCGUGUUUCGGGGGCGCCGGUGGCCAGCAUGCCUGUGCAAUCGCCCGAUCCCUUGGGAUGAAGACCGUCUUCAUACAUAAGUACAGUGGCGUGCUAUCAGCCUACGGGCUGGCUCUAGCGGACGUUGUAGAGGAGGUCCAGGAGCCGUGCUCGCUGCGGUAUGAACGCAGCUCUUUCAGCGAGCUCGACCGUCGAGUUGAACUGCUCUCCAAACGCUGCCACGACACACUGUGCGCACGUGGGUUCAACAGUGGCCAGAUAACCACUGAGGUUUUUCUCCACCUGCGCUACGAGGGCACAGACUGCGCUCUCAUGGUGACCGCAACCGACUACCCCAGCAGUGAACAGACUUGUCAAGCUGGCGACUUCCGCGGUGCCUUUACGCAAAGGUAUCAAAAGGAGUUUGGUUUCACCAUCCCAGAGAGACCCAUCAUGGUAGAUGACAUCAGAGUGAGGGGCUGCGGCAAGUCAGGCAUCAAAUUGACGUACAAACCAAAGAAGGGGCGCGGUCAGGCCAAACCUGUCACGAUGACCAAAUGCUACUUCGAGGACGGUUACCAUGACACCGCGGUGUAUCUGUGGGAGGAACUUCUUUGUGGUCACGCCAUCCUGGGACCAGCCAUUAUCAUUGACAAGAACAGCACCAUCUUGGUGGAGCCUUGCUGUGAGGCCUGUUUGACAGAAAGGGGGGACGUGUGCGUGACGGUUGGCUCCGACCCCCACUGCGCAGUGGGUACAGAACUCAACACGGUGCAGCUUUCCAUCUUCUCCCAUCGCUUCAUGAGCAUAGCAGAACAAAUGGGCAGAGUUCUGCAAAGGACUUCCAUCUCCACCAACAUCAAGGAGCGUCUCGACUUCUCCUGUGCUGUAUUUGGACCAGAUGGCGGUCUGGUGUCAAACGCGCCCCACAUUCCUGUCCAUCUUGGUGCCAUGCAGGAGACUGUCCAGUAUCAGAUCUUAUCUCUGGGGGAUAAACUAAAAGAAGGAGAUGUGAUUCUGAGUAACCACCCAUGUGCCGGCGGCAGUCACCUUCCUGAUCUCACAGUCAUCACCCCAGUCUUUCAGAAAGGUGUAAGUGGGCCGGUGUUCUUUGUAGCCAGCAGGGGUCACCAUGCAGACAUAGGAGGCAUCACUCCUGGCUCCAUGCCCCCACACUCCACCUCCCUGCAACAGGAGGGAGCCGUCUUCAUUUCCUUCAAACUGGUAACAGGCGGAGUCUUCCAGGAAGAAGCGGUGACGGAGGCCCUGAUGGCUCCGGCCCGGUACCCGGAGUCGUCCGGAACCCGGAACCUCCACGACAACCUGUCGGAUCUGCGCGCUCAGGUAGCAGCCAACCGGAGAGGCAGUCAGCUGGUGGGGGAGUUGAUUGACUGCUACGGUCUGGCAGUAGUUCAGGCCUACAUGGGCUACAUCCAGAGCAAUGCGGAGCUGGCAGUGAGGGACAUGCUGAGAGACUUUGCGCGUCGUCGGCGACAACAGACCGGCUCCCUCGAGGUGGAGUCCGAGGAUUUCAUGGAUGACGGCACCCCAAUCCGCCUGCGGGUCCAGAUUAACGAAGAUGAGGGCACUGCUGUGUUUGACUUCACUGGGACAGGCACAGAGGUUUGGGGCAACUGCAACGCUCCACGUGCAAUUACCCUCUCGGCCCUCAUCUACUGCCUGCGCUGCAUGGUGGGACAGGACAUCCCCCUCAAUCAGGGCUGUCUUGCCCCGAUCACAGUCGUCAUCCCCCCGGGUUCCAUCCUGCAGCCUUCACAGAAUGCCGCUGUGGUUGGUGGGAAUGUGCUCACGUCGCAGCGAGUUGUGGAUGUCAUUUUCAAGGCAUUUGAGGUCUGCGCCGCCUCCCAGGGUUGCAUGAACAACGUUUCAUUUGGCAGCGACAAAGUUGGCUAUUAUGAGACCGUCGCUGGUGGCGCCGGGGCAGGGCCAAGCUGGAAUGGGAGAAGUGGCAUUCACAGUCACAUGACCAACACCCGCAUCACUGACCCAGAGAUUCUGGAAAAGAGGUACCCGGUGAUUUUGGAGCAGUUCUCUUUGCGGCCUGCUUCAGGAGGUGCAGGGAAGUACCGUGGAGGGGACGGUGUGAUACGGAAGCUCUUGUUCCGUGACAAAGUCGUCCUUUCUGUACUGAGUGAGAGGCGAGCCACGCGCCCCUAUGGCCUUGAGGGGGGGGAAGCCGGCGCGGCGGGUCUGAACCUGCUUCACAGAGCUGAUGGCAGAGUGCUCAACUUGGGUGCCAAGACUAGCGUCAGCCUUCAACCCGGGGACAUGUUCUGCCUCUACACCCCUGGGGGAGGGGGCUAUGGGAAGGUGGAGGAAGCAAAUAGAAAACUACAGACAAAGCGCAGGCGCUUGAAUGAGACUUUCCCCGAGAGAGGCAGCGUCUUUGAAUACCGCAUGGCACAAGAGGGAGUGUGACAGAGCGGAAACAAAGCAAAUAUAAGUGGAAAGGUGCGGCGCUUUGAAGGAAUGACAAGAUUAGGAGUUCAGAGCGAGACGUCCUUUCAAAGGAGGCACACAUUGCCACAUUGACAAAAAGAGACGCAUUAAAGGCACACGUUUCUCAGAAAA